GAGUACGGGGCGCCUUAGGCCUGCCAGCGGGAGAGGUUGUACGAAGAUUUUUACAGCGCCGUGGGCGCAGGACUCAGGCACGAUGCGGGACGGGUAUCUGGAAGGUGUCUGGUGGGCCUUGCUGGAGAUGGACAGCCGGAUUCCUUAUGAUGACUACCCGGUGGUUUUCCUGCCUGCCUAUGAGAAUCCCCCAGCAUGGAUUCCUCCUCAUGAGAGGGUAUACCACCCAGACUACAACAAUGAGUUGACCCAGUUUCUGCCCCGUAUCAUCACACUGAAGAAGCCCCCUGGAGCUCAGUUGGGAUUUAACAUCCGAGGAGGAAAGGCCUCCCAGCUAGGCAUCUUCAUCUCCAAGGUGAUUCCGGACUCUGAUGCACAUCGAGCAGGACUUCAGGAAGGGGACCAAGUCCUAGCUGUGAAUGAUGUGGAUUUCCAAGAUAUUGAGCACAGCAAGGCUGUUGAGAUCCUGAAGACAGCUCGAGAAAUCAGCAUGCGUGUCCGCUUCUUUCCCUAUAAUUAUCACCGCCAGAAAGAGAGGACUGUGCACUAGAGAGUUGCAACCCACAGCCCUCCACAUGGAAUCUUCUAGGACGAGCUAGCUAGGCCUCAGGGAAGCCACUUGGGAAACUCUACCCUCAGCCCCACCCUGGCAGAGUGGAGUAGGGAGGAUGGGGAGACAGCGAGGCCCUGUCCUGAGCCAGCUGGCCAACUGCAUUAUCCCACCUGUACUGCACUUUGAGUUCCCUAGUUUUCUAGGUGGGCUUCACCUAGAAGGAUGAUGAUGUCUAGGUAUCGCUUAGCCUGUGGAGAACCCUGCUAGAGAAGGCAACUGACAUUUAUUGAAUACCAUGUGCGAGGCAAUUCCACAUAUGUCAUGUCAUUUUCAUUAACGUCUACAAAUCUUGGGGGCCUCCCACCUAAUCUGCCUAGCCAUCUCAUCCCAUCCUUAUGCUACCAGUCAUACACUUUGGAGACUCCAGUGGAACCCCAUUUUCCCCCACUCCCUCCUUCUAUCUUCUCUCUCCAAAAAAGUAAAACACAAUGCUGAGGAAAUGUUGCUUGAUACUGAUUUGGAUGAUACUGAUUGGGUGUUAAAUGCCUUCGAGAUAAAAAUAGAAGCUCUUCCAAAGAGAAGAGCCACUAGAA